AUGGUUGGUGUACUUGGGGCAGGUCAGCAGGAGGUGCGAUGUGUCCGCAACCACUUCGCAAACAUCGCAGAGGGCCGAGAUUUGCCUCCCCAUCAUGCGCUGGACAGGAGGCGUGUAUGCCAAGUUGAGGCGCAGUCGGUGGAGGAGUGUCUCUUGUGGCCGUUGGAGACGUCGUGGUGGGGAGAACUCGACCGCCGGGUCGAUAGAGCGAAGGAAGUCGUUGAAACGGGCGGAUGCUCGAAUGAAGCACCGCGCCUCUUGGGCGGCCCAGCGGCGGAUUUGGAUGCGGCAAGCCGAAGGGUCCUGCGCGGCCUCAAUUUCGCCUUUGCGUACCUCGACGACAUCCUCGUGGCCAGUUCUUCACCCGAAGAGCACCUUGACCGCCUUCGCCUGCUGUUCUUACGCUUGCACGAGUAUGGCGUCGUCAUCAAUGCCGCGAAAUGUGAGUUUGGGGUUCAAUCUCUCACGUUCAUUGGCCAUACCAUCACGCCCUAUGGCAUCCGGCCUUUUCACACCAAGGUCGAAGCCCUCAUGGACUGUCCUUAG